AUGGUUCUUACCGAGGUAGCUCAGGCUGCAGGCAGGGUAUUGCGCAGGGCGCAGCCCUAUGGGGGUCUCGCUCGCCCCGUUCAGGCGGCCCUGACCUGGGCUGAACAGGACAACUGGGAGGACCCCCGCGGCCCCUGGGGCAUUGAGAGGCCGAGUCCUAAGCUGGCCAAGCCUACUUCCGAAAGUCCGCAGUGGCUUCACGACCUUCACCGCAAUGGGUGGGCGCUGGUCAAAGGGGUCAUCCCUAAGGAAAAGGCUUUCAAAUAUGCCGAUAAGGCAGAGGAUUGGCUCGAGGGAUUUGGGUUGGGAUACAAGCGCGAUGAUCCAAAAACAUGGAAGUCUCAGAACUUUCCCCGCCACCGAUACGGAGGCCUGUUUGACCAUUUCUCCUUUGCCCACGCACAAUUUGUUUGGGAUUGCAAGUCCGAGCCCAAGGUCCGCGAAAUCUUCGCGAAAAUUUGGGGAACCGACAAGCUCACAGUCUCAUUUGACGGUGGUACUUUGGCGGUUCCAACCCCGGACGAACCCGGUCACGGCAAAGCGCCAUGGCCGCAUUCGGACCAGAGCGCCUACCGCCCCUGGCCACACUGUAUUCAAGGCCUUCUGAACCUCCUACCGAAUGGCCCAGACGACGGCGGCCUCGCUGUGAUGAGCGGUACUGCGCCUCUAUUCGAACAGUACUUCAAGGAACACGAGCCACCGGAGGGAGGAUGGAUCAAAAAAGACUUGUUCAAUUGGACAGAUGCGGAACUCCAGUGGUUCCAGGAUCGCGGAUGCGAGAUGCUGAAGCCUAGCAUGGACCCCGGUGACUUUAUCCUCUGGGACUCGCGCGCUGUACACUACGGCGCCGCACCUCUCGGGGACAAUAAGCGGAUGGCGGUUUAUACAUGCUACAAGCCAUUCGACUUCAUGACGGAGGAGCAACGACUGCGAAAGGUUGAGGCUUUCAAGCAGGGCUAUAUGACUGUAGGUUAG